CACCACUACUAAGAGGUUCAGCACCACCACUAAGAGGUUCAGCACCACCACUAAGAGGUUCAGUACCACCACUAAGAGGUUCAGUACCACCACUAAGAGGUUCAGCACCACCACUAAGAGGUUCAGCACCACCACUAAGAGAUUCAGCACCACCACUAAGAGGUUCAGCACCACCACUAAGAGGUUCAGCACCACCACUAAGAGGUUCAGCACCACCACUAAGAGGUUCAGCACCACCACUAAGAGGUUCAGCCCCACCACUAAGAGGUUCAGCACCACCACUAAGAGGUUCAGCACCACCACUAAGAGGUUCAGCACCACCACUUAG